UACAGUGAUCAUUCAGGCCAUUGCUUGUUGGCUGACCUUUAGCAAGCAGCUUGCCAUGAGAGUUGUCUUCGAAUGGUAUGGUUAGCACUUCCGAGAGCGCCUUAAAAUACAAUUUCCCUGCAGGCAAAAAGCUUGGUGGAAGGCUCAUAAUUGACUUGACCUUGACCACGAGUCUACCAUGGGUGGCUUCAUCCUCCAUUCAGCCGCUUGGUGGAAGCUUCCUCCUUGGUGUGCAAUAUUGCCUUUAUAUUGAUGGCUAUACUCCUUGGUGGAAGCUCAUAAACGGUGCUGGCUAGCACAUGGUUUUAUGGCAAUACUGCCUGGUAUUAUGCCUAGAGAUACCUCCAAACGAGUGUGCAGUUACCCACUCCAAGUGGCAGCCCAAGUGGAUGCGUAGUACUGAUGUCCUAGUCACCAAUCUUGACUUCCCUGGUCAGUCCACUGAUCAUGCCAAUCUGCUUGUUCACACUAUUGGCCCUCUUCCAUUCUAUGUAUACAUCGGCUUCUUCCUCCGAAUAUCAAAGCAGAGCACACAAACUCUUCUCCAUGUCUCCCCUCUACAUACUACCGAUUGGGCUUCUCCUCUUGCACGUUCCUCAUUGGUGCUCCUCUGCAGCUGCAAGCGAUACCCUCACGGCGGGCCAGUCGCUCGCCGUCGGCGGCAGCAAGCUCGUCUCGGGGAAUGGCAAGUUCGCACUCGGCUUCUUCCAGCCAGCAGCAGGCACCAUCAGGAUCAGCCCAUCACCGGCCCCAGCCUCAACCGAACACAGCUCCAGAUAUCAAGCGAUGGCAAUCUUGUCAUUGUACACAAUGAUUCCGUAGUUUGGUCCACUCACAUUGUCAAUAAUAGGACACGAGCCAGCAGCAUAAACACCACAGCUACUGCUGCCGUUGUCUUGAACAGUGGAAAUCUCGCCCUUACAGUUACAGAGAGCCCAUCAUCAUCAUCGGACCUACCGUUGUGGCAGAGCUUCGAUCACCCAACAGAUAUUGUGCUUCCUGGUGCCAAGGUUGGCCGAAACAAGAUCACUAGUUUGAAUCGUAAGGGCGUCUCAAAGAAGAGCCUCAUUGAUCCGGGUCUCGGCUCAUACAGCGUUGAACUAGACACCAGCGGGCAGGUCGUCCUCAAGCGCCUAAACCCCUCAGUGGUGUAUUGGCAUUGGGCAUCCUCCAAAACAUCAUCAUUGAAGCUUAUACCAAUACUCAAGUCCAUUCUGGAUAUGGAUCCACGGACCAAAGGUUUGAUUAACCCAGCAUAUGUUGAUAACGACCAAGAGGAGUACUACAUGUACACCUCACCAGAUGAAUCAUCUUCCACAUUUGUCUCACUUGACAUCUCUGGUCAGAUAAAGCUGAAUGUUUGGUCGGAAGCCAGCCAGUCUUGGCAAACCAUAUAUUCCCAGCCCGCCGAUGCCUGCACUCCGGCCGCUACCUGUGGAGCUUUCACAGUAUGCAACGGCACUGCACAACCAUUCUGUGACUGUAUGGGGAGCUUCUCACAGAAGUCACCGCGGGAUUGGAUGUUUAAUGAUCGAACAGGAGGGUGCAUCAGAAAUACACCGUUACACUGCAACACUAGCAGUAACAACAAAAACACGACAAGUUCAACAGAUAUAUUCAACCCCAUUGCUCAUAUUACGUUACCCUACAACCCACAAAGCAUAGACGUUGUUACCACACAGAGCAAAUGUGAAGAAGCUUGUCUCAGUUCCUGCUCCUGCACUGCUUAUUCCUAUAGCAACAGCAGAUGCUCUGUCUGGCAUGGGGAAUUGCUUAGUGUAAAUCGGAAUGAUGGCAUUGAUAAUACUUCUGAAGAUGUUCUAUACCUCCGCCUUGCCGCCAAAGAUUUGCCGCCAAGUUUGAUGAAGAACAAAAGAAAACCAAACGUUGGAGCUGUUACCGCUGCAAGCAUUAUUGGUUUUGGGUUAAUAAUGCUCAUGGUGUUGUUACUGAUUUGGAGGAACAGAUUCAAGUGGUGUGGUUUGCCUUUGUACAGCAAUGAAGGUAGUUCUGCUGGCAUCAUAGCCUUCAGAUACACUGACUUAGUUCGUGCUACUAAAAACUUCUCAGAAAAGCUGGGAGGAGGUGGUUUUGGUUCUGUAUACAAGGGAGUAUUAAGUGACUCGAAGACUACCGUGGCAGUGAAAAGGCUUGAUGGUGCCAAUCAAGGGGAGAAGCAAUUCAGAGCUGAGGUGAGCUCAAUUGGACUGAUCCAACAUAUCAACCUAGUCAAAUUGAUUGGUUUCUGCUGCGAAGGUCAUCACAGAUUACUUGUGUACGAGCACAUAUUCAAUGGGUCUCUUGAUAGUCAUCUAUUUAAGAAGAGCAAUAAUGCUGAUGCUGCUGUCCUAAACUGGAACACCAGGUAUCAGAUAACCCUAGGAGUUGCCAGAGGGUUGUCCUACUUGCAUCAGAGUUGCCGUGAAUGCAUCAUACACUGUGAUGUUAAGCCAGAAAACAUACUUGUGGACGCAUCCUUUGCUCCCAAAGUUGCAGACUUUGGAUUGGCAGCGUUUGUUGGAAGGGAUUUUAGCCGAAUUCUGACCACAUUCAGAGGAACCAAAGGUUAUCUUGCUCCAGAGUGGCUUACCGGAGUUGCUAUUACACCAAAAAUCGAUGUUUACGGCUUCGGCAUGGUACUGAUGGAGAUCAUAUCCGGAAGCAGGAAUUCACCUGAAACACACAACACUAGCAGCAGCACCAGUUACCACGCUGAAUAUUUCCCUGUGCAAGCCAUCAACAAGCUUCAUGGGGGAGAUGUGAAGAGUUUGGUGGAUCCACGAUUGCAUGGUGACUUCAAUUUGGAAGAGGCUGAAAGGGUUUGCAAAGUUGCAUGUUGGUGCAUUCAAGAUAAUGAGUUUGAUCGGCCGACGAUGGGUGAAGUGGUCCGGGUUCUCGAGGGUCUGCAGGAAAUUGAUGUGCCCCCGAUGCCAAGACUGCUUGCAGCUAUAACGGCGCAACCUGGUGCUGCAUAUUCAGUGUAAUUAUAACUCACAGUCGAUGCUAAUAAUCUUUGUUAAUUUCAGCAAAUUUUAAAGUUGUAGUAAUGUCGAGUGGAAGAAAUAAAGGCAAGCAUUGUAGCAAAAUAUGGCAGAACUACAAAUAUGUGUAUGUUUUGUUGAUUGGAUAGUUCCACACAUAUCCUUAAA